GGGUGAUAAUUAGGGCCGAGUGUCUCGCAUUGCGGCUUUUUAUUCUUGUCGCAUACACGAACUACAUGGUGACCAACAGUUUAACAUACCACUCUGUUAGGUCUGGCAAAAUCCAAUCAAAUAUGUGCAAUGUGAAUUAAAAUAAGACGGUGUAAACGUAAAGGAUUGUUCGUGAAGCACCGGCCAUCUCAUCACUGUCGGCUUUGUUGCGAGAUAUUUAUUUGGGAAUUGUAACCAAUUCCAGUGAUCUGGACAUUUAUUAAGGGAAUACGUAUGGCCCAGGCAAGCAUUAACAAUAGCCUGCAGUGGGUGACUCUUUUUGAUAACAUGAACGCAAAAGCUGACAAAGAAAAAAAGACAAAAAGCAAAGGAAAAUCCACCAAACCACAAACUAUGGAAUUUGAAAAUACUGACAUUGUACAUCUGCCAGCCUCUGGGGAUGCAGGUGAAGCCAAGGGAUCAAAGAAACGGGUUUCAAUUGAAAGAAUAUACCAGAAAAAAUCACAGUUAGAACACAUUCUGUUGCGUCCAGACUCAUAUAUUGGUUCUACAGAACCUGUAACACAGAGUAUGUGGGUGUAUGAUGAUAUACAGGAGAAGAUGGUGCAGAGAGAGAUCACAUUCGUGCCUGGCCUGUACAAAAUCUUUGAUGAGAUUCUAGUCAAUGCCUCCGACAACAAACAAAGAGAUCCCAACAUGAACUGUAUAAAGAUUGACAUAGAUCCAGAGAACAACAAAAUAAAGAUCUGGAAUAACGGCCGGGGUAUCCCAGUAGUGGAACAUAAAACAGAGAAGAUGUAUGUGGCUACCAUGAUCUUUGGCCACCUCCUUACCUCUAGUAACUAUGACGACACGGAGAAAAAAGUCACAGGUGGCAGGAAUGGAUACGGUGCCAAGCUGUGUAAUAUAUUCAGCACUAAAUUCAUUGUUGAAACAUCUUCAAAAGAAUACCAUAAAGGAUUCAAACAGACAUGGAUCAACAAUAUGGGCCAGACAAAGGAGCCUACAAUCACGGAGGCCAAGAGUGACGACUUCACUGCCAUUACGUUCUAUCCAGAUCUGUCCAAGUUCAAGAUGGAGACCCUGGAUAAGGACACAGUGGACCUUUUUACGCGUCGAGCCUAUGAUAUCGCCGCAGUGUCUAAUGGUGUCAAAGUUUGGCUCAACGGAAAGAGGCUACCUGUGAAAAACUUCCAGGAAUACAUCAACUUGUAUGUCAAGGACAAGAUGGAUGAAAAUAACAUGCCUAUCAAGGUAUGCUACGAGAAGGCCCACCAACGCUGGGAAGUGGCAGCCAUGCUCAGCGAAAAGGGAUUCCAGCAAGUCAGCUUUGUAAACAGUAUUGCCACAACAAAGGGUGGUCGUCAUGUUGACUACAUUACGGAUCAGAUUGUCAACAAACUCAUUGAACUUGUCAAGAAGAAAAACAAGGGAGGAGUUGCCAUCAAACCAUUUCAGAUCAAGAACCAUUUAUGGGUUUUUGUGAACUCCAUGAUAGAAAACCCAACAUUUGAUUCGCAAACCAAGGAAAACAUGACUCUACAGGUCAAGGCAUUUGGAUCAAAGUGUUCUCUGUCUGAAAAGUUUGCUACCUCGGUCAGCAAGUGUGGAAUCGUGGAAAGCAUCAUGAGCUGGGUGAGAUUCAAGGCACAGGCACAGCUGAACAAGAAGUGCAGCGGCAGCAAGCACUCCAAGCUCAAAGGAAUCCCGAAACUGGACGAUGCAAAUGAGGCUGGAACCAGGUUUUCCAAGGAUUGUACCCUCAUUCUGACUGAAGGAGACUCGGCCAAGACACUUGCAGUGGCUGGUCUAGGGGUUGUAGGGCGUGACAAGUUUGGGGUGUUCCCUCUCAAGGGAAAAGUGCUCAAUGUGCGCGAGGCCACACAUAAACAGAUCAUGGAAAACGCAGAGAUCAACAAUAUCAUAAAGAUCAUGGGCCUGCAGUUCAAACAGAAUUAUGACAGUGAGGAAUCGCUGAAGACACUGCGUUAUGGUAAGCUGAUGAUCAUGACCGAUCAGGACCAGGACGGUUCCCACAUCAAGGGCCUACUCAUCAACCUGAUGCAUCAUUUCUGGCCCGCCCUGCUCAAACGUAACGUCGUCAACCAAUUCAUCACACCUAUCGUCAAGGUGAGCAAGGGUAAGGAUGAGCAUUCCUUCUACAGUCUGCCUGAGUUUGAGGAGUGGAAAAGGGAUACAGACAACUGGCACACGUGGAAAGUCAAGUACUACAAAGGUUUGGGUACCAGCACAGCAAAGGAAGCAAAGGAGUACUUUUCUGACAUGGAGAGGCACAAGAUUGACUUCCGUUACACUGGUGUAGAGGACGACGCCUCCAUUACACUGGCAUUUAGUAAGAAGAAGGUAGAGGAGAGGAAAGAAUGGCUGACUACGUGGAUGGAGGAAAGAAAAAGGCGUGCUGAAAUGGGUUUGCCAGAGCUGUACCUGUAUGGGAAACAGACAAAAGACAUCACCUUCAACGACUUCAUCAACCGUGAGCUGAUCUUGUUCAGCAACGCAGACAACAACCGCUCAAUCCCCUCCAUGGUAGACGGCUUCAAGCCAGGACAGAGAAAGGUCAUCUUCACCUGCUUCAAGCGUAACCUGGUGAAAGAAAUCAAGGUUGCUCAGCUGGCAGGCUCUGUGGGAGAACAGUCUGCUUACCAUCAUGGAGAGGCAUCCCUUAUGGGGACAAUUGUCAACUUGGCCCAGAACUUUGUUGGUUCCAACAACAUUAACACACUAAAACCCAUUGGUCAAUUUGGUACCCGCCUUCAUGGUGGCAAAGAUGCUGCUAGUCCCCGUUACAUCUUCACACAACUCAGUCCAAUGGCCAAACUGGCUUUUAAUCCAAAGGAUGAGCCGUUGUUGGAGCACCUGUUUGAUGACAAUCAGAAGAUCGAGCCCUUUUGGUACUGUCCUAUCCUCCCAAUGGUUUUAGUGAACGGAGCCGAAGGUAUUGGUACUGGCUGGAGUACUAAAGUCGCCAACUACGACCCGCGGGAAAUUAUAGCCAACAUCAAGAGGCUUAUGGACAACGACGAGCCUCUGCCAAUGAUACCUUCCUUCAAGGGUUUCAAGGGAUCAAUUCAGGAACUGUGUACCAAUCGGUACCUAGUGUCUGGUGAAAUAUCCGUCAUUGAUGAGCAGACCGUGGAGAUCACGGAAUUGCCAGUACGUACCUGGACCCAGAACUACAAGGAGGAUGUACUGGAACCCAUGCUGUAUGGCAACGACAAACAACCUGUAAUGAUCACAGACUACAAGGAGUACCACACAGACACCACUGUGAAGUUUGUGGUCAAGAUGACCGCUGAGAAAAUGGCCCAGGCAGAGGAUACUGGGCUCCACAAGGUGUUCAAGCUACAGACCAACUUGUCACAGAACACAAUGGUGCUGUUUGACCAUAACGGUUGCAUUAAGCGGUAUGAGUCAGUGGAAGAAAUCUUGAAGGAGUUUUAUGCUCUUCGUUUGGAUUUCUACCAGAAAAGAAAGGAUUAUAUGAUGGGGAUGCUCUCAGCAGAAUCUUUGAGGUUUGAUAACAUGGCUCGCUUCAUCCUUGAGAAGAUUGAUGGCACCGUGGUCAUUGAGAACAAACCCAAGAAGGAGGUGAUAUCAACGCUUGUGAGGAGAGGCUAUGACAGUGAUCCCGUCAAGGCAUGGAAAGCCAAGCAGGACAUGAACAAAAAGGAUGAUGAUGAUUCUGAUGACGAAGACAGUGACGGUCCAGACUUCAACUACCUGUUGGGUAUGUCACUUUGGAGUCUGUCUCGUGAGAAGAAGGAGGAAUUACUCAAACAGAAAGAGGCAAAGAGUAAGGAGCUGUCCGAUCUCCGACAUAAGACAAAAACAGACCUGUGGAAAGAUGACCUGGAGGAAUUCCUCACUGUUCUAGAUGAAGUGGAACAGCAAGAGAAGGAUGAUGAAGUUGUAGGCAUCACAAAAGUGACCAAAACGAAGGGUGGCAGCAAGCCACGCAUCAAGAAAGUGGCCAUCAUUGAGACACAGCCGUCCCCCAUGGGCAGGCGUGUGGAACCACAGAUAGACUCCGCACUGAAGAAGGUGACCAAGGCUACAAACGCUAAAGUAAAGAAACUGGGAAAGGAGGCUAAGAUGCUAGACUUUAAAAUGGAAGAUGGCAAUGAUGAGCCCAUGAGUCUUGCUGAUCGCCUUAAGGCCAAGGAAAUGGGCAUGCCAGCAGGAGAGGGCAAUGAGGAGAAGAAGAAGCAGCAACGUCCCAAAAAACCAAAGGCUGAGCCAGGCAUCAGUAAAAAAUCGCCCAAGAAAUCACCUAAGAAGGGCAAGAAACGCAACCCCUGGUCUGAUGAAUCCGAGGAGGAAAUGUCGGAUGUAUCUGAUGAGGAUAUGGACGGUAGCUUCCGUGAGUCAGUUGUAAGCAGGGACAGAGCACCUAGACGAACAGCAGCAACAAAGCCUCGAUACAGCUAUGGGUCAGACGAGGAAGCCAUCAAGUCAGACUCUGAUAAUGAAGACUUCCAACCUGUGGGAGAGACGAGCUUUCAACCAGACCAGAUAGAUGAUGAACCAAUGAGUGAUGAAGAAGAUUCUUUCAUUGGAAAGCCGGCCAAGUCGAAACCCGCUCCUCCAUCAAAGAAGGCCAUCGUCUCAUCAGACGAGGAUGAUGAUGAUGACAAGUUUAAUGGGGACACAAACUCCAUGGAUAUCUGGGGACAAUCACAGUCUCCAAAAUCUGACCCGGUUACCAUUGGUAACAGUGACGAGGAAGACAUGUUCAAACCCAUAGCACCACUCAAAUUAAAGAAAACCACUGCCACGAAAGCUCCAGCAAAGAAAAAGACCGAUAAAGUUGACCCCAAACAGCCUUCCAUUGCCAUGGCCAUGGCAAAGACCAAACCAAAGCCCAAGGCCAAGCCUGCCACGAAAGCCCCCAUCAUAUUGGACAGUGACGAAGAUGAUGAUGGAAUUUUACUUCCCAUUGAAGAUGCACCACCCAAGGAAAAGAAAUCUAGGAAACCUAAGACCAAGAAAUCCACAGACUCGGAUGAUGAGGACAAGACCAAGAAAAAGACAGUAAACAAGAGACCUGCAAAGUUUGUUGAUUCCGAUAUUUCUGAAGACGAAUUUGUGCCAAAGAAGAAGAAGGCAACAAAAAAAGCAGCAAAGAGCAAGAAGAAGGCUUUUUCCAGCGACGAUGAUGGCAGUGACGUUGCUGGAGAGGUGUAUGUGCCGCGCGCCACCACAGGACGGGCUCGCGCCACUGUCAAAUACACAUUCGAUGAUGACGACAACAGCGACAUGGAUUGAACAAUGCCACAUAGUGGUAGGACGUUCCUUUACUAGAAAUGAUAUUGAAUGCAGGUUUUACCCUCCGAUGUUCUCAAAAGGUUUUGUUGAACACUGAAACCGAACUAUCAGGUGUUCCUGUAAGGUCUUAAUGGAAAGGCAUCACUUGUUAAUCUGGUUGUAACAAGACCUGUUUCAAUCUCAGUCAGUGUUGUCUGACAUUGCAAUGAUUGGAGAAGGCAGAAGGAGGUGUAACUCGCACAGAGACGGCAUAUUACUGCAGACAUGUGGGUUGUGUAGAGAACAGAAUCUCAAAGCACAUAAUCUGUAAUCAUAGAAUUAAUUUAUUACAAACUGAAAUAUCAAUGGUUUCCAUAAGGAGAUUGUGUCAUUUCCGUUGAAGGAAUCACUCUGAUGUGGGUAGUUAUUAUGCAUAUAUAUAAUAUGUAUGAAAUAUAUGUCAUUUGGGAGAAUCUUUGAAAAAAACAACAUUUUUCAUAUUUGAAAGGACAGUUAAAAUGUAAAAGAUAAUUUCACAUAACAGAUGGGCAGCUUUGAAAUCUGAAGUGAACAGAUGUACUAUUGUUGUGAGGGUACAUGUUUAAGUACAGCCCGCCCCAUGCCUACUCUAUCUUUUAUGGGCAAAUCUGUACAGAGGACAAGUUGUGGUGGAACCGAUACAGGCAGUCAUUGAUGACGAGAUAUUUUAAUGCUAUUUUGUAAGGAGAUAAGAAAGCAAGUAUUAAGAGUUUUUUGAGAGUUAUGUCAUUAUUUAUGGUUUGUGAUCCUAUGUCUGAUGUGUGAUUUUAUUAUAACCUGUGUCUGAUGCUGUAGAUACUAUUUUAUGUUUUAAUGGUAUUGUAUGCUCGGAACAGAUCAUCAUACGAUUCAUUGCCAGUUAACGACUUCUGUUGAAGGAACUCAUGUUUAGAACUUGCGUAAAUAUUGAUGUGAAGCGUAAAACACAAGUUUUAAUUUUGUUGUUGAAAUAUUGGUUUUGUGCUGUCGUUCAAGAGCAAGAAAAGACACUAUUUCUCCGAGAUAUUUUUCAUGGAAGAAGCUGAUUUUUUUCAUAGCUGAUUUUCAUUAAUAAUUUUGAAAAUAUCAAAAACUUGCCCUGACCAUCAAUAGUUCAUUGAUAUAAACAGAUAUGCUAUUUUUAAUACAUUGUACCAUGUGUAUGUUUAAAAAUUAAUGAUCAAACCGUGAGAGAGGAGAACUGAUGCCUAUGACUGACUUUGUUUCAUAAUAACAUCCCAUGUUUGGAGUCUUUUAUCUCAUUAAGACAUAUUUGUCAUUUGUGUCCACAUAUUUUACAUUUGAAAACUGUGACAGUUUGAUGCUUUGUUUUAAAUACUCUGUAUCAUCAUCAACAUUCACUAUUUUGAGCUGUCUUGAUCUUUUUUUGUGUCUCUCUGUUACUCUCCUGUCAUUUCUUUCCAUCAUGUUGUGUGUGCGAGAGUAUGAUGAGCAUCAGACAGAUUUAUUGUGCGAAAACAAAUCACUGUCAUUGUCCAUAUGUCAUUAAAUCAUCUUCCAAAC